GGAGCCGAAGGCGCAGGGAUGGUAAGAUGACCGAGGGACGAGGGAGGGCUUGCGAGGGCAAGGGACGCAGCCCGCACAGCACCGGACCGGAGGGAGGAGCGUAUCACCGUACGGGAGUCUGUGCAGACGGAGUCGACAUCACGAGGGAGCAAGUGGAUUUGCGGGAGCAUGGCACCAGAGUGCAUCACGAAGUGCAGCCGGAGUGGAACGAGGCGGAUUGUCGUAGUUGUAGCUGUGCCAACACAAGCGAGCGGGCGAGCGGCUCAUUUCCGCCGGAGGGGAUUGUCGGGACAACAGCGCGACUGUUUGGGCGCUGGUGCCAACCACGUGAUUGCGUGUGCCUAAAGGUGGGGUUGCCGUCUUUCGUGAAGGUUCGCAGGUGCAUUUUUUCCUUCGCGACUCUUCCUCUCUUCUUUCUUGCCGGACGACGGAGGAGUCUUUUGGACCUUGUCACCAUGGCGUUGCCGCAGCAGCCCGAUUUUGCAGCCGUCGAGCGCCAUUUUGUCGAACUGGGAACUGAGUUCCGCCGAUGCGCUCAUCUGCCGGCCGUGGACCAUGGCGCGCGUCUCCUCGAGCUUUUGCAGGAGGUUCGUGCCGGCGUUGUUGCUUUGCGGCAGGAAAUGGGUGAGGGAGAACAACUCGUUGGCGCGGACGAUCAACGCGACAGUCACUCGGGAUAACGAUCCGUUGGAGCCUUUGCGGUCCGUCGUCACAGGCAAUGAAAUCCCCAGCUUCCCGGCUACUGUCUCGGCAAUUGCUACGAUGCUCAGCCGAGACGUGGAUCAGGUACUCAGAGAGUUGGGCAAGUCGACGGCCGGUUCGAUUGCGGAUAGGAGGACGCGCUUGAAGUUGGCCAUUGGUGUAGUUGUCCAGCGGGUCGCUUGAUCGGUCUUGUUUCACUUACGUUUUGUUUUCUCUCUUGCUUUUUUUGCGCUUAGUUCUUCCUUGCUUGUCGGCGGCCGUAUAGAUAUAGUAUUCUCCGGUUGGAUUCUCUUUGGCUGUGUUCUUAGUCUCCGCAAUGGACUUGAUCUACUCUUCGUUUCUCCCUCGAAUGCUAUUCCAGUCCGAAAGGGGGGUGUAGGGGCGUAGCCAAGUAGGCCCAGUGGCUUAGGGCUAGCCUAGGCCCAGCUCCUAAGCAAGAUCUAGCCUUACGGCUAGCCUAUACUCUAGAAGCUAGCCUAACUAUAGAAGCUAGUUAACUACCCCCCUUGCAAGCCUAUAGGCCUAGGC